AUGGUUCCUGUCAAAAAUAGAAUUGAUCGUUCCACAGAUAAACAGCAAAAGAAUAAUGUGACGCAGCGAACCAGAAAGCGAGUAUCUUGUCGGGAGAGAUGGCUGAAGAAAUAUUAUAACUUAAGCUUAUUGGGAUGGCUAACUAAACCACUUUCACCUUUACAAUCUGAAGAAUCAGAUGAUGAACCUAUCAGCAGCUCACCACCUCCGAAUCAACUAUCACAGAAUCUAAGGAUAGAAAAUGAACCCGGAUCAAUUCAGUUAGCAGAAGCACCAAAUGAUUCUCAGUUUCCCGUAUCAAGCAUUCAGCUAUUCACCGAGACAGUCAUACCACAGGUAGAACCUGAUAAUUUAGCGUUAAUUCUGCCAGCUGAAGAACCUUGUGACCAACCACCAUCACAUCUUCCAAAUAUGAUACAACGUGUCCGACAAUCUAAGUUGUGCAUUGAUCCAAAGAAUUUCGUCGUUCCUUUCACUCCGAUAAUAAUAGAGGAAAGGUUAGCUGGUACCAACGAAGUUCAUACAACAGUGAUCAAUACGUGUGGCAUGACAAGUCUACCAUAUACCCUACACGACGAUGAUCCAUUUGACACCAAAUAUCCCAAUCCUAAAACAUUAUUACCUCCAAUAUCAGUGUUUCUCAAUUUUCGUCGUGUAAGACGAUCAUGA